CAAACUUGAAACGUUAUUAUUAAACAAGUUUAUUAAACAAGUUGAACUCUUCAGCAUUUCCCACAACCACAACCAGAACUAUCCCUUCUCUCUCUACAUAUCUCUCUUUCUCUCUCUAACUAUAUCGAUCUAUCUAUCUUUCUCUAAUGGAGCAGAGUACUCUAGAGAUCAACGUCAUCUCAGCCAGUGAUCUCAAAGACGUAAAUCUGGUGACAAAAAUGGACGUAUACGCUGUCGUUUCGAUCUCCGGCGACUCCAAGCACCCCAAGAAAAAGGCCAAGACCAACGUCCACCGCGGCUCCGGCACAAACCCCACCUGGAAUUUCCCCCUCAGCUUCACCAUCGACGAGUCCUUGGCCCAAAACAACCGCCUCACCCUCGUCUUCAAGCUCGUCUCCCAGCGCAGCCUCGGCGACAAGGACGUCGGCGAAGUCAACGUCCCGAUCAAGGAGCUUUUCGCCUCCAGAGACGAAGGAAACAAUAAUUCCAUGAAGUUUGUCAGCUACCAGGUGAGAAAACCCUCCGGAAAGCCGAAAGGCGAGCUCCGUUUCUCCUACAGGUUCGGCAAAAACGCCGCGGGAAAACCCGCCGCCGACAAGCCCGUCACGGCUUACCCGGCGGCGGCGGAGGUGGGACCCUCAUACCCUCCUCCGACUGUUACAGGACACGUCGGUGUGUAUCCACCGGCGGCCGCGGCGUCAGCUCCACCGGCGUAUGGAGGGGCAGGGUACCCGCCGCCUCAGGCAGGGUACGUAUACCAACCGCCACCGCCGGGUUACGGGUACACACAGGCUCCGGGUUACGGGUACACACAGACUCCAAGUUACGGGUACCCGCCCGCGCAGGGGUACGGGUACCCGCCACCUCAGCAGGGGCCUAAGAAGAGUAACAAGUUUGGGAUGGGGUUAGGGGCCGGUUUGCUAGGAGGGGCAAUUGGUGGGCUUUUGAUUGGGGAUAUGGUCUCUGAUGCGGCUGCUUUUGAUGGGGGUUUUGGUGAUGCUGGUGGAUUUGAUUUUUAAUGUCCUUUUUAGUUUUUUUUUUUUUUUUUUUUCUUAAUUUUGGUUGAUAGUUGUGUUAGGACGAUAAUUAAAUUUGGCUUGGUUGUAUAAUUAUAAGUUUGGACGAAAAUGUAUUUUUCAUGUUUUGAUGGUUUCUAGAUGUUGAGGGAAGUAGUCAUACGUGACAUCAUGUGGUUUAUAUAUUUUUCCAUGCGUAAUUUAUAUGCAUUUGACUGUCAAUAGGAAUUUAGACUUUGUAUAUACAGGGCCAAAACUAUGGUAUAGGGAGCUAGUUUAUGUAUGGUUUAUAUACGAAUCAAGAUCUUCUGUUUUUUUUUUC